AUGAAUUUCUUGAGUUCGGCGAUGGCUUUCAUAUUAGUCCUAAUAGUAGCUCUCGGCCAUCCGACAACUGCGCAGGGUUGGCGGGAUUACCAAGCGGUUGACUUGCUAUGCACGGGCACGAAAACCCAAGCACUUUGUGGGACUACCAUCAAGACAGGAUACUCGGUCAUCCUGGCCACUCCAGUCGACCCAGCCAACGGGAAACACAACUGCAUCAACUCGCGCUCACCGGACAAGAUAUGUUGUUCCGCAAAUACGGCUCCGUUGAAUAAUGUGGACCAAACUCCUGUGGACUUAUCCAGCGUGACAUUCGCUCAAAACUGUGAAACAAAAAAUAACUGA